AUGAGCAGAGAGGUACAGAGCUGUAUACCAAAAGCGGCUCUGCAGAACGACGUAAAAGUUGUUGAGGUACCACCAGCGAACCUCAAGCGUCGGCUGGUAAGUAAUCCUGCAUAUGAUCAUAUGAUCAAUGCGAUCAACCUAGCGCAACGGAUCGCAACUUCUAAUGGUUACAUUGCUGAUGUACCUCGGAGGCCAGGUCUUAUUGCGCGGCGAGAAUAUGCUACAGUGGUUGACUCGAAUAAGAUCAAUUUUUGCCCGCUUUUGCUUUUCAUAACCGACGACUUGACUAUACAGCCUGAUGAAAUGCGGUCUCGAGGACCUAGUGAGAAUUGUGGAAAUACCUCCAACAAACCUCAAGAAGCAAUUAGUUCGAAAGAGAAUGUACGAUCGCUUCUGUCUUACUCCAGACUGUAA